ACAGUCGCAGUUGAAACGUUGAGUGAGGAGCUUUUCGUCGCGCUGUGCAACACCCGCAAUUGUGUAAAAUGUACUAUCGAAAAUGAAACUUAUUAUUAAAUUUGUAUUCUAAAAAGCUAAAUUGUCCGCUCGAUAUAUCUCACAAAAAACAGUGAAUGGUUAAAUUGUGCAUUUGAAGUGAUUAAUUGAUUGAAGUGAAAUUGGAACACUGGCCGAAACCCGUUAAUCUCCGAUGAGGCGACACAUUCGGGUGAAGGAAAAUUCAUAAAUGAAAGCUUCUAAUUGCCGGAGAAUGACAAACGCGACAAGAAAUCAUCGCGAGCGAACAAAAGCGAAGCCAACUUUUUAGGCACCCCGACGGCAGCAGUAGCGAAAGCCACGAAAAUUGAGCCACCGAAGCUUCGGCGAUGCUGUUGAUGCCCACAUCCUGUGGGCCGGGUCCACCCAACGACCACGGCCCCAUGUCCUUGCCCACUUCCUCCCCCUCCUGCUCCAAACGCGCCCGCAUACCCACGCGAGCGGCAGAUGAUGAUGAGCCGUUGCGGCGGUCAGGGACCCUAACCCAAAGGCAAAGUUCGGGGUCGGGCAUUCCCCAAUGGCUGCUAAUCCUCAUCGGACUCCUCGCCAUUCUCGCCCAGACACCAGGCAGCCAGGUGGCCGCCGAGAAGAGUAAACACUAUUACAUGCAGUCGCUGUGCAAGAACCACUUCCUCCAGCAGCUGUACCGAAAGAUCGAUGGAGCGGUGCUCUGGUCACAGAACGAGCGGAAUCUGGACUGCAUUAUCACCUUCCAGACGCACUCGGUGCUGCAGCGCUUCAUGCUCCGCUUCGACAUGCUGCAGUUGGACUGCAACGAUCACCUGCUGGUUUACGAUGGCGCCCACGCCGUCGCCACGCCCAAGAUUGACAUCUCCUGUCGGAACACAAAGAACACCGUCAACGCGCUCCUGACGCGCACGAACUUUGUGACACUGAAGUACGUGACCGAUGGCUGGGGAACGGAUGCGAACGGCUUCAAGCUGGUGAUUACGUCGGUGAAGGAUCCCAAGCACACCUGCAAGGACUUCACCUGCGCCACCCGCGAGUUCUGCAUCCAUCCCGAUCUCCUCUGCGAUGGCAUCAACCACUGCGGCGACAACUCCGACGAAUCCGUGCAGAAUCUGUGCCAGAAUGAGACGAGCAGCACGGUUUUUGGCCUGGACAUGACCUGGUUCGUCCUCAUUGUCGUCGGUGUGCUGCUCGUCCUGAGCGCGCUCAUCGUGGCAGUGGCCAUUUGUGUGUGCCGGCGACAGGAUGAGAAUGCCGCCAACCAGAACACCGCGCUCCAAGUGCACCAUACGGCCGACACGAACGGGUCGUCGAAACAUCUGCACUACCACGGCAUCAGUGUCGGCGGGACACUGACGCGGGAGCACACCCAACUGCCGACGUCGGGAAACUGGCAUCACCCUGCGGGACCAUCCGGGUACCACCGCACUCCACACAACUACUUGAAGAUGGCCACCAAAGUCCGUCCCAUUUGGUGCUUGGCAAAUUCCGUCAAUUAGGUCAAGAUCUUUCCCACAAUACCGCCGGGCUCAGCCAGACGAACAUCGCCGGAACCGGACAUCCCAAUGCCAACGCCGUCGGCGCUGCGCAAAAGGACGAGUGGUUCGUCUAGAGCCAGGCAACACUGUGGAAGGACCGAUUGACUUGAGCACAAUAAUCUGUACUUUAUUAAGUAAAUUUAUGGAUAUUUGCAGAGCAUUAAAUGAAGACUAUAAGACUAUAAUUAACAACAAUUAGUGUGGACAUCACCGCGCAGGGUGUAUUAUAUAGAGAUCUCUACUCGUACCCAAGCAGAAUCUCGAACGCAUUGGGCAGAACCAGCCUGUUCUGUCGGAUAACCAAUGCACUUGUAAAUAGUUUAUAAAUAUAUCAUUUUUAUUUAACUGAUUAAUACAACAAGCUGGCUACACAAGAUCCCACAAUCCAAAUAUCCUCUAAAAACGAUAUGUAAUACAGAAGAUUUCCCCCCCUCAAGUAUCAUAAUUUUGUGCAAGUAUGUUGGCAUUUAUUUAGAGAAUUACAUAUGUUUAGAUGGCAAUUAGAUUUGAAUUAAUGCUCUUCGAUUAAACACUUGUGUUAGGUUUGCAUAGCACGGAUUAAGAUACCCCAAAGUAAUUGUAUAACGAAUCAGAUGUAGUCGCCGAUUCUGAGAGGUAAACUAACAUUUGAGCGAAACAAUCGUAAGCAUUUAAUUGAAUUGUGAACAGAAACCGAAAGAAGUAUUAAAGCUCAACAAGAAUAACCGAUAACUGUCAUUAAUAUACAACUUCCGAAACUUACAAAUUUGAGAUACACAACUGGCAGUGCUGUUGGCCAGGGCGUUUUUACAAAAACUUAAGCUGAAUUCUAAUCACAAAAUGGACACAAGAAGAUCAACAAAAACAAGGGAUGUACAUAAGUAGUCGACAAUAUACUUACCAAAAUAAUAAUACAAACAAGCAAACGAACAAAAUCGAAACUUCAAAUGCAACUGUCAUCAUCUAUACAAUUUCACCUACCACCACUCACCAUUGUCGUCCACUUGGAAGUCUGCACUUGCCGGAUGAUCAGCUUUGGAUCAUCUGGGGAUUAUCCAGAAUCUCCGAUAGAAGCAAACAUUUCACCGAGAGACUCAUUUCCUCAUCAAAGAACCGAAAAAACCAAUGCUAAACGGAAAUAUUCUGAGACAUUAAGGACAAUACAGUGAAAUCUUUUGCUUUUGAUACAACUAAAUUGAGAAGGUGUCGUGGCAUGCAUUUUAACCUACUAAAGAAGUGUCCGAAAUACAAUUUUCUACAAUCAACCAAAUGGAAUUCUACACAAAAUUGAACAACCUAAAAGAAAUACAUAAACAGAGUUGAAACAUUUUGCUACAAAAUCGAAUGAUAACGAUCAUAUUAUUAUUAUAUAUUGACGACGAUGUGUGUGAGGAAACAUGAUAUGUACGAGUAACUUGAGAAAAAAAAAAUCAAACUAAAAUGCUUCAAAACGAUUGUAGUACUUCCCGCCGUUAAUAUUUUUUUAAUAUAUCGUACAUACUACAAAUACAGAUGCAAGUCUUAAUAAUAAUACUUAAACUAAGAAGCAAUAAGUAAGAAUUUUCCGCUGCUAAAGUUCGUCUUUCAAAAUACUUCCAUAGGUCGGGUUAAUUUAAACGUUUAACAUUUUUGUGGCUACCGAAAUUUUCAUUUACCAGAUAAUAACCGAAAUUCAACAAUAUUUGAUCUUUUGCUAAGCCAGAAAAACGAAUAUCAAAUUAAAUAAAUAAUUUAAAAUAAAUAAAAUGAAGAGAGGAGGACGUUAGGUAUACGUUCAACCUGAUCAAUGCGAUUAAGUCAAAUUAAAUUAGUUUUGUACUUAGCAGUAACGGAAGACCCGAAAACUAAAUUAACUAAUCUUCUAGGCAUAAAUUACGCUGAAUUUAUAUCAUUUUAUUUCACCCUCCUUUGGACCCUUCUUCUUUAAUUUGAUAAACUACAAGCGUCUUAUACUAUAUCAUAAAUUAUAGGAAAAUGGUAUUAUGAUAAAUUGAAUUUUUAACCAAAAUUAUAAGCAAAUUGUAUUAGGCGUCAAAUUUUAGAAGAGAAUGAAAACCAAGAAAACCCAUUGAAUAGAUACUAUAUAUGUUAUGUGUAUGGGCUAAAAUCGCAUUCAUGCAUGGCAACAAAUGGAUCUUAAUUACUUAAAAACGAUGAUAAUAAAUGAUACUAAUUAAUAACUGAAUAACCACAAAGCUAAUUUAUGCAAUACAGGAAUAUUGAAAUACUGAAAAAAUUAUGCGUCAAUAAAACGUUUAGGCAAGAUUGUAUUGUAAUAUCUAAUCGUAAUUGUACUCGUAAUCGCAUGCCUACUCCCCACUGGUGAAAAUCGGUUAUAGAUCAUGUCCGUAUAUGAGUGUAGUUAAAAUAUACAUAUUUACCUUAAUACAAUUCAAUCGGCACGGCAAUCGAUCAGAUGUACUGGUAUACCGUGUAGUUUGUAGACCCAGCAGGAUCGCGAUGAUUUGUAAAAGAUAUGUACGAGUAAUAGGCCAGUUUGGAUGGAUGGUUGGAUGGUUGGAUGGUGGGGAGAGCUUUUCGUUUUCCAGUGUAAGUGUUACAAUGUGUUAAGAAUCAUUUUCUACCUUCUAUUGUCUCUCAAACUCGAAAAGACUUUGCCGCAAUUAGUCUAACUCUAAUUAUUACGAGUAUAUGUAAAUGUAUGGUACAUGUGUGUAAUGUACUCAAAUAAUAGCAACCGAAUAUUCCGAAAAUGUCAUUUUAAAGUCUCCUGCUUCAUCCACACAUUCAGAUAACUAACGAAUCCUUUAAGUUCGAUGUCAAUCCAUGUACGCGCUGAUUGUAAAUUAGAUAAUUUUUGGUGUGUGAGGGCCAAGGAUACGUACCCUCGAAGGAUAACUAUGGGCUUAAAGUAUACAUUGACUAGGUAUACAUACACCCGAUGAAGAGCCACGGACAGUAAAUCGUAGUGCAAAUGUUAGUCAAUAUCAAUAUUUUGCCAUAGAACCAAUGCCGAUUCGUAACUCCUCUAGGGAGUUUUCCCAAUUCAGUUCAUUUACCCGCACGCAUUCCAAAAACAGAAAGUUCACAAUUUAUAGAUUUAUUGCUUUUGGUUGAAUACAAACUAAAAAAAAAUAAAAUUGCAUAACUAACAGCGAGGGAAAUAACUGGGAGAUCAUACUAACCAAAAAAAUCGAAUGAAUGAGCCUAGGGGAUCGCGUAAAGUAAUGCUUAGCUUUGUGUUAAAUUGCUGUUGAAUAUAAAUGUAAUUGUACAAUGAUAAUAAUUACGAUGGCAUCAAACACACAGAUCAUCCACAGAACACAUCAGACAUCAGAACCAUGCAGAAAACAGAACCCAAAUCCAAAAGAAACUAAUUAUAUUAAAAUAAAGAAUAUAAAACGUU